GACCGAAAUUAUCUGGGCGGUGCCCGGGAAGUCAGGGGGCUGGCCGAGGUCCCUCCUCCUGCGGGGCCGCGCUGGGCCUGUCGGAAGCGAGUCCCUCUCUGUACAGAAACUGGGAGGGAGCUGGUGCAGCCAGGGCCCCUCCUGCUGCAGAGCGCGGCUGGGUGUGAUCUAGUUUGAGGUUCUCCUGCUCCGGGGCGCGGCCGGGAGCCGGUUUGGUUGAAGCUCUCCCGCCGCAAAGGAGACCAGCUGUUGUUGAGGGUUUCUGGCCGGCCUGUGGGAAUCUGGGGCCUGCCCACCCAGACCCAGCCUCGCGUCUCUUUUCUUCCCUCAGGUUGUUAACGCCACCUACCCCGGGGGCUCUCUGUGCAGGAGGUGGUAGCCUAGGCCUCCCGGCAGCAGAACCAGGCAAGUGAGGCUUCCUUUACCCAGAGGCCACCCCAGCCUCAGAACUUGGACGCGUUUUCUUCCACUGGCAGGGAAAGAGGAAGCUGUGAAAGGAAGAAGAAGAAAACAACCUCUGCCCCAGCCCUGGAGACAGAGGAGACAAGGAGAGACCCUGCCACACCAGCCCCCUCCCAGGUCCAGCAGGAGGCAUAGAAGAGGAAUUUAUGUAUAAUCAAUUCUCAGAGGACUCGGGUGCUCUAUUUGCCUGAAGAAUAUGAGGUCUCUGUGAGAGAGAUUGGGACCCACCACGAAGGUGAUGACCAGAAGAGAGUGUCUGCAGAAUUAAGCUCAGAAAAGGAGUUCUCAGACCUCGCUGCAUUGGAAUCAGCAGAGUGCUCGAAAGAGACUCUUGGAAGUGGGAGAACAGUGGAAAGCUGCCUCUGGUGCCUUUGUGGCUCCAGCAGUUGCAGGUGCUGAGGUCCUGGCCCAUCUGCAACCACCGUGCUCCUGCUGACUGUGGCUAGGGGCUGCCCCCAGCAUACUCUCCGCGGAUCUCAGGACCUAUGAGAAACCCAGCACCUGGAAAAGCUUGAAGAGGAGAUGACACUGGUAGAGGAGACUAUCUGGACAUUUGAAGGCAGAGGUGAGAACUGCCACAAAUGUGAAGCAUGGGGAGAGCACGAUUUCCCCAAUAUCCCUGCCUUCUGAGGAUCCCUGCCCUCUCCACAACAGCUUCUUCAGGUAUGAGGAGGAAAUGGAAGCACAUUCUCAGCCAGUCCCAUCCCAGGUGAUGUUUCAGCCACCUGUGAGCUUCAAGGAUGUGGCUGUGACCUUCACGCGGGAGGAGUGGGGACAGCUGGAUCCAGCCCAGAGGACACUGUACCGCAACGUGACUCUGGAGACCUGCAGCCACCUAGCCUUCCUGGGGCUUCUGCUUUCGAAACCGGCUGUGAUCUGCUGGCUGGAGCAAGGACAAGACCCAUGGAGGGCAGAGCAUGGACCUCCCAGAGACUGGAAGAAUACACUUGAAAAGGAAGAGUCAGCUUCUAAAGAGGAUACUGCUGUGGAAGAACCAUUCCACAACAUAGAAAUGAAAUGCUGCAUACAGGAGGAGGGCCCCUGGUUGGUAACAUUGGGAGGAAGGCAGGAUUGGAGGGACCAGCUAAGGGAGCACCAGGAAGACCCUUUGAGUCAAACGAUACUCACCCCAGAAAGACCGUUUGCUCACGGGAAACACUGUGAGCCUGACCUUGGGGGAAGUUACCUGAAUUUAAGACUUCUACCUCCAACAUUACCCACAAGAGCACAUUUCCAUACACUUGAGUCACAGGUUAAAAAGUUGAAACAGAAUUCAGUUUUCAUUAAUCAUGAGAAAGGCUGGGCUGAUCUGAAGCCCCAUGAAAAUCACCAAAGUUCUAGCGCCUUCUAUCAGAGCAUUUCCUUGAAUAAAUUUACAAAUGUCGAAACGAGAAAUAAAAAGCCUUAUGAAUAUACUGUCAGUAGUGACUCUUUCAACUAUGAUACCUCCCUUCAAUACCAUAAUAGAAUUUUUUCAGCAGAGAGCAGCGAUGACUGUACAGACUAUAGAAACAUCAUUAAUCAUAGCAUGUCUAUGAAUGAACACAAACCAAUGCAUUUUAGAGAACUCCAGUAUGAGUGUGACAAAUGCCUUGUACAAACUGUGAUAAGUGAUCCUGAAGAAGCACCAUUUAGAUGUGAGGAGGAAUGUAAUACCUUCCACGAGGCGUCAUCUUUUACUGACUGUGACAUCAUUCAGACUGGAAAGAAGCCACAUGCAUGUAAUCAAUGUGGAAAAUCUUUCAGCUGUUGCUCUAAGCUUGUUGUACACCAGAGAACACACACUGGAGAAAAGCCCUAUGAAUGUUCUCUGUGUGGGAAGUCUUUCAGCCAGAGCUAUGACCUUGUUGUACACCAGAGAACCCACACUGGAGAGAAGCCCUAUGAAUGUAACCAGUGUGGGAAAUCCUUCACCCAGAGUUCCAAACUUAUCAGGCAUCAGCGAACUCACACCGGAGAAAAACCAUAUAAAUGUCAUGAAUGUGGAAAAUCUUUCAGGUGGAACUCUAACCUUAUUGUACACCAGAGAAUUCAUACUGGAGAGAAACCUUAUGAGUGUGGUCAUUGUGGAAAGUCCUUCAGCCAAAGUUCUGACUUUGUUGCACACAAAAGGACUCACACUGGAGAGAAACCCUAUGAAUGUAACCAGUGUGGAAAGUCCUUCAUUAGAAGCACUCAGCUUAUUAGGCAUCUGCGAAUUCACACUGGAGAGAAACCAUAUAAAUGCAAUCAGUGUGAUAAAGCUUUCACUGGGAGCUCUCACCUUAUUGAGCAUCAGAGAACUCAUACUGGAGAGAAACCUUUUGAAUGUAAUCAGUGUGGGAAAGCCUUUGCUGGGAGCUCUCACCUUCUUUCACAUCAGAGAAUUCAUUCUGGAGAGAAACCAUACGAAUGUAAUGACUGUGGGAAAUCUUUUCGGCAGCGAUCACAGCUUGUUGUGCACCAGCGAACCCAUACUGGAGAGAAACCUUAUGAGUGUAGUCAUUGUGGAAAAGCUUUCAGCCAGAGAUCUCCCCUUAUUGUGCAUCAAAGAACACACAUUGGAGACAAGCCGUAUCAGUGUAAUAUGUGUUUUAAAGCCUUCAGUCAGAAGUCACGCCUUAUUGAACAUCAGAGAACACAUACUGGAGAAAAGCCCUAUGAAUGUAUUGACUGUGGGAAAGCCUUUAAUGAUCGGUCAACUCUUACAAAACACGAGAGGACACACACUGGCGAGAAACCCUAUGAAUGUAAUCAUUGUGAAAAGGCCUUUAGUCAGCGAUGUCAACUUACUAGGCAUCAGAGAAUUCAUACUGGAGAAAAACCCUAUGAAUGUAACGAAUGCGGGAAAGUUUUCAGUUAUAUUACAUCCCUUGUUCAACAUGAAAAAAUUCAUGGGAGAGAAACUCUGAAUAAUCAAGAUGGAAAAGCUCAUUGCGAAACCUUUAUUAGACAUCAGGUGACCAAGGUAUGACUCUCAGAGUGUGCUCUAAUGACCACAUAUAUCAGAUUUGCUUGGAGUGUUCAUUGAAACUGCAUUAUUACCAAGCUUACCUUGAUCUACUAAAUCAGAACCUCUGGCAGUAAAACCCAAGAGCUUACAAUUCCCAAACGUAGCACAAGUAAUUUGUAUGUACAUUAAAAUGUGUUUACUUCUGCAUUUAGAUGAGAAACUAUGAACAUGAUCACUGAUUUAAAAUUCUCAGUCAGAGCUCUUAGUAGGAGUUAGGAAAUUCAAAAUGUAAGUAUACCCACCAAAUAAUCUUUUUAGUGAAAACAACCACCCAAACUUACUCAGACAUUGUCCCUGUAACACAUUCCUAGAAAUAAUGGAUUGGAAGAUAUUCUUGAUGUAAAGCCCCAAACACUGUCUAAAAUGAAAUCAUUGCAUGCUGAAGUUGGUACUGAGUGAUGAAAUAUGUAACCAGCAAUGAUCAAUGUAAACCAGCAGUUAACAUGAACUGGAGGAGGUCUAAGGAUGGGAAGUCUUCUGAAAUGGUUUUUAUUGGAAUUAAAAGUAGACUCUGGGGGCGCUUGGGUGGCUCA